AUGGGCCAGAUACUUUCCCAGCCAGAAACAGAGAAACACUCCGAGAAAGACAGCGACAAGUACGUGGCUUACGGCUUGAGCUGCAUGCAAGGAUGGAGAAUCAACAUGGAAGACGCCCAUGCCACGAUUAUGAAUUUGAAGCGUCAAGAAGGGGACAGCGGCGAUGAACACGCAGCUUUUUUCGGUGUUUACGAUGGACACGGAGGAGAAAAAGCCGCCAUUUUCACGGGUCUCCGUUUGCACGAGUUGGUGGUACUGACCGACGCCUUCAAGGAGAAGGACUACGUGAACGCCUUGAAAGACGGCUUUUUGCUGUGUGACCAGGCCAUCUUGCAAGAUUACGAAACACGCAACGACGAGUCCGGCUGUGCCGCUACUUCCGCCAUCGUCACCCCUCGCCAUAUCUACUGUGCCAACGCCGGUGACUCCAGAACCGUCAUGUCGCUGAACGGAUACGCCAAGGCGCUCAGUUACGACCACAAGCCUUUCAACGAGGGCGAGAAGGCGCGUAUUUGCGCUGCUGGUGGCUUCGUUGACGUCGGCCGUGUCAACGGUAACUUGGCUUUGUCCAGGGGCAUUGGUGACUUUAUGUUCAAGAAGAACGACGAGUUGCCUGCCGAGGAGCAGAUCGUCACCUGCUACCCCGAUGUUAUUCACCACGAGAUUGACCACGCCAAGGACGAGUUUGUCAUUUUGGCCUGCGACGGUAUCUGGGACUGCCUAAGCUCUCAGAACUGUGUCGAGUGUGUCAGAAGAGGUUUGUACGAGAGAAAGCCACUCACGCAAAUUUGUGAGGAGAUCAUGGAGCUCUGUUGUGCCCCAACCUCUGACGGCCUGGGCAUCGGCUGUGACAACAUGUCCAUUCUCAUUGUCGCCCUCUUGGACCACACCAACAACGAGAGCUUGGACCAGUGGUACGACCGUGUUAUCGCCAAGAUCGAGAAGCAGCAGGAGACUGUCAAGGCCAACCCUGACUCUGCCGAGGCCGCCAACUACGAGUACGGCCCAAUUUCCCCACCUUACAACGACUUGUACAAGGAGAUCUUUGGUGAGUUCUACGAGAUUGGCCAGCAGGCCAACAACGACACACGCGGUGGCGCCGGCCGUGACUCCAUGUUCGGCCAAUCCAUGUUCGGGAACAUGGGUAUGCGCAACGGUAAAUCUGCUGACGAUGAUGACCUUGACAGCAACGACGACGAAGAGAAUGCCAACUCGGGCCCUGCGGGUCCUGCCACUUCCGCCAGCGACGGCCUCAACAACGGUGCUAUUUCCUUGCAGAAGUUGUUGUCCAGCAACGUGAUCACCAACGAGAACGGUGUGAUCUACUUGGACACCUCCUCCGCACAGUCCUUGUUGGCCUCGUUCGGUAUGCCCACCGGCGAGCAACUGGAUGAAAACGGAUCUGAUGAGGACGACAACGUGCACGAAAAGCAUAUUGAGGAGGUCGACGAGAGCGAGUCCGAGACCCUGAGCAAGACCAACGAGUAG